AUGGACCACGCAACAGGUGCCAUGGGGAGCCUGAUCCUCAAGCUCGGCGAACUCCUCAAGGCGGAGUACAAACUGCAGACUAGAGUCAAGGAAGACGUCAAAGAUCUCAAUAGAGAGCUGGAGAGCAUGCAAGUUGCCCUCCGCAAGGUUGGGGAUGUGCCACGGGACAAGCUCGAUGAGCAAGUCAAGCUCUGGGCAAACGAGGUCAGAGACCUUUCAUACAAAAUAGAGGAUAUCAUCGAUAAGUACCUGGUGCAGGUCAUGGGCACCAAACCUGCUGUCAAGCCACGCAAGCUCAAACGGCUCAAGAAGAAGAUGUGCGGCUUGUUCACCGAGUUCAUGGCACGCCGCACGCCAUGCCAUCGGCGAUGA